CAGUCAUUAACAGUCAGAUCAGGUGACUGGCGGACGACAAAAUUCAGCUCUAGAUUGUAAGUGUUGAGGUGAGAAUCAAACAAAUUGCAGCAAUGCCUCCGGACCCGAAAGAAAAUGCCAGCGACCAGAAUACGCGGAACAAGGCGACAGUGUCGGACGAAGGUUCGGGUACUGAGCAGGCCGUUGAUGAAAACAGUAUGUCCGAGGACAACGACUUGGAUCUGGAUGAGGAAACAGAAGAGUUCCAUUCGGUUAAUGCGUCCCUGGAUAUGGUCAGUUCGGUGCUGGAUGCCAUUGAGCAGAGGAACGAUUCCUUACGCGAGCAACUGUUGCAGCUGCUCGAGUCUCAGCGUGAAACAUUGAAGUCGUUCAAGGAAGAAAAUCAGCGCAUUGCAGAGCAAAACGGAGCGGACGAGCCGGACACUGAACCGAUGGAUGAAUAAGAAACCCUAGCACUAAAAACUGGAUAAGAAAAACCUGAGUAAACUAAUUCGA